AACAAAUAAAUAAAUAAAUAAAUAAAAGCAUGAUUUCUGUUAAGACUAAGGUCAGUAUUUCCUAUACAGUCUUAUGUUUCUAAUCUCAGUUGUUUUGUUGUAAGAAGCAUUUGUCUUUUGUCUUCUUUCCACUUGUUUCUUUAAUCAUAUUUAAGGAGUGUCCAUAAGGAGAGCUUUACUUCCUUGAGGAUUAAAGCCCAACAGUACUGAGCUAUUUGUCUGUCAAAAUGUCUGCAAAAUUGGGAAAGUCAUCAUCACUCCUAACACAAAUUUCAGAGGAGUGUAAUGGGAUUCUGACAGUGAAGAUGGAAGAGGAAGAACAGACCUGUGAUCUGGACUCUAACCUCCACUGGAGCAGCAGCUACAGCCCAGAGACCUUCCACCAGCAGUUCAGGCAGUUUGGCUACCAGGAUUCACCUUGGCCCCGGGAGACUCUGAGCCGACUCCGGGAACUUUGUCAUCUCUGGCUGAGCCCGGAGGUGCACACCAAGGAGCAGAUCCUGGAGCUGCUGGUGCUGGAGCAGUUGGCCAUCCUCCCAAAAGAGCUACAGGCCUGGGUGCAGAAGCAUCAUCCAGAGAAUGGAAAGGAAGCUGUGACUAUGCUGGAGGAUGUGGAGAGAGAGCUUGAUGAACCAGAGCAGGUCUUUUUUGGACAAAGGAAGGACAUGAUUGCAGAGAAGCUAGCACCUUCAGAAAUCACUGAGGAAUUGCCAAGUAGCCAGCUCAUGCCCGUGAAGAAGUAGCUCCAGGGAGCAUCAUGGGCGCUUCAGUCCUUAAGACCGCAUGAUGAGGGGGCAGGAUUCAAUGAAGACAUCAAAACUACAAAUGUGAAAUCCGCAGCAAGGCAGAAGACUUCUUUAGGCAUAGAACUGCACUGCGAUGUCUCUAACAUCCUUUAUAUCAAUGCCUCCCAGAGUUCCACAUAUAGAGCAACCUAUGAACAAGACGGUAGGCUUGAAAGGAGACAAGGAAACCCUUCUCGGAAAAAACAACACAAAUGUGAUGAAUGUGGCAAAAUCUUUAGUCAGAGCUCAGCCCUUUUUUUACAUCAGAGAAUCCAUAGUGGAGAGAAACCUUAUGCAUGUGACAAGUGUGCAAAGGCAUUCAGCCGAAGCACGAUUCUGAUUCAGCAUCAACGAACCCAUACUGAUUCAAAAUAUGAACAUAGGAUUGCAGAGGCCCAAAAUAAUAUGUACUUCAAGACUAGGCUGAAGUGUCCCAGGUCACUUUCAGGAGGCAGAGAAAUAAAGAGCCUUAAUCUCUUAUGAAAGCACACAAGAGCCUCCAUACUACUGAUAUCAAGUGAAUUUCCUAUGUUGGAAAAAAAUAAUCUCCUUUGCAAUGUAACUUGGAAAUAAGUCAAUGGAAACAUGAAAAUGACUGCAUGUCUAUAAGGAGUCAGCUAAACAAGGAAUGUUUUCAUAACAAUAUUAUUCUGUGGGUGCUUCUGUAAUUAAGAUGAUGAUCAUCUUAAUAUAAAGAAAAAAGGGAGAUGAACGAAAUUGUCAAAUGAGUGAUGUACCACAAGUGUUGGCAAGUACAGUGUGUGAUGGAGAAAUGUACCACAGCUUAACUAGAGGAAGCCCUUAACUGCUGAUGACAAUGCUUCAAUGUCCCUUUUUCUGACACAAAUCAGCUAUGAAUAUGUUUCAGGCAUCACAAGACAACCUUUUCAGAGUCGUCUGCAUUCUUAGUAAGAUGAGUUUCUAGACAUGCUGUCAUGAAAUGAGACCCUGGUUUUGAUGCUCUUGUACAUAUGGACAAAUCACUGAAGUUCAAUGUAAAGGGUCCACUGCAGUCCCUUAUAAACAAUUGUUGAACCUAACCAUUAUAGUUUAUAAGUUUUAAGACAUUUAUGGGAUAUCUUAUUUGGCUUAUAUAUGGGAUAUGAGUAGCUAUAAGUUUUACCUGUAUUUAAUUCAGCCAGAUUCCCUGUUGAAAAAUAAAAUUACUGAAUCAUACAUUAUUAAAAUUAUUCUGACAGUAUAAA